CUUUUGAACGUAAUGAUCGUUGAGAAUAUGGUGGUGGACCAGCAGCCAGUCAAGGCAGCAGGAUAACAACACAGCAGAGAUCAUUAUUUGAAGAACCGGGAUUUAAACACAAUAAAUGUAUGCAACGAUAACUUCUGAGUCUUCUGGUAGACCACGUGAGAGAGAAGCAAAUCCGGAUUCACCACUGUGACUUGUUUUGGGAAAAAAAGACCUAAGGUGGAGCUUUUACUCGUAUUGCAUUCUAGCUAACGUUAGCUGGCUAACAUGCAGCUUUAGUGUCUGAAUUUGCACGAAAACGAGACUCUGGGAUAUAUCGAGCUGGAAUUUGCAUGGACUGCCACUACCUCGACUACUUCAACACUCAACUAUUAGCAUGCAGUUAAGACCAUGCUGGCCUUUCACUUUGCAGACAUAGCUGGUUAGCUAGCUACCUCUAAAGGGCCGACUCGUUAGCGCAGCUGGAAGCCGAACUCACGGCGCUUUUGGUCGGCCAGAGGAACAACGCCAUGCCGCGGGUUGAAAUCGGCCCACCCGUAGAGCUAACUUCAGGAAGCUAGCUGGAUAUAGCAGGCCGCUUCCGAUGGUCGUUAUCAUCCCCUAGACAGCUAAAUAUUUAGAUAAGUCACAACACAAAACCGAGAGGCACCUUUAACUUUCAUUCUGCACGGUGUUUUAUUUUGUUUUUAAUUUUCACGGAGUGGUAAUUUUAGUUUUACUUAUAAAACUAAGGCACGUUAUUUUGUGUAUAGAGAAAUUUGCAUCAGCUAGCUACAAUACACAUCAAUCUAUCUAAAUAACUUAGGGCAAAGAUACGUGCGACAUUAAGGUACUGCUUAGCUUGUAUGGGAUUAUUUAAGUUGGCACAGCUGUUGAAAGCCACACAUGUAAACAAGUCGGACUGCGUUAAUGUUUUGGUUCGUUAUUUUAUUGCAAGGUUUCACUACAUGAUGCUGAGCUGUUACCUGGACGGCAGUUUAGAGUGUUAAAGCUUGGAUUUAUCUGGCAAUAAUUAGCUUUACACAGACACUAUAAGGCAUGGGAGUUGUUGACCUGGAGCAUAGCGAGACAUAUCAGCCAUUCAUUCAUGAUUAAUGACCUUUGAGGAAGCAGACUGUCCUUUACCCAUUUUCCAGUCUUUCUUGUAGUUAUUUAUUUUUAACCACUAAUGCCACCUAGUAAAAAAAAAACUGAGGAGAUUUGAGUGUUAGUUUUUAGCAGCAUCUGACAUCCAACUGGAACUACUGGGGUGGAUGGGAACAUGAGGAGCACUCUGUCUGAUCUGAACCAGCUUCCCAGUAGCUUGAAGAUCUGAUCAAAGCACAACAGAGAGCCCCAUUGUGUGGACUGAAAACUGAAAAAGGAAAGAUGAUGUGGAUGAUGAUAAAAGAGGCCCAGUGACAGUGUUGAUCCCCGCACCAGGAAGCAGAGGAGUGUCAAAAGGCUGCAGAUAUGAGUCUCCGCCAACCCACCUCUACACUGGACAGCAGGGCAGCCAAUAAGAAAAACGUCCACCCGUUCAGCCCUUUUGCUGCUUGGCUCAGCAGUCUGACCAUCGGCGACUCAGAGCGCAAAUCCUCUGCCACCCAGCAGAGGGAGCCAUCGAUUGAAAUCCCUGCUGAGAUUACUGGUACUGGUCUUGUUCAGAGAUGUGUGGUCGUGCAGAAGGACCAGCUCGGCUUCGGCUUCACAGUAUGUGGAGAGAGAGUCAAGCUAGUGCAGAAUGUCCGACCUGGUGGUGCAGCAGUCAAGGCCGGGGUCCAAGAAGGGGACCGAAUCAUAAAGGUGAAUGGCUCACUGGUGUCCUCCAUGUCCCAUCAGGAGGUGGUAAAGCUCAUCAAAUCUGGACCAUAUGUAGCUCUGACACUACAAGGGCCACCCCCUUCAGCCGCCUCCUUGCCCUUAGAGCCCCUCCCCACUGAGCUCACAUCCAAUCAAAGAACGUCUCUGGGUGGGGAGGCCCCACCCCCUCCACCUCCGCCCCUGCCCUCUGGACUGAGCAGCACCCCUUCCCAAAGAAUCACUGGACCCAAACCACUACAGGACCCAGAAGUACAAAAACAUGCCACUCAGAUACUCAGGAAAAUGCUGGAGCAGGAAGAGGCUGAACUGCAGGAGUUGAUGGAGGAGCAGUUGAGGAGCCCGUCGCUGUCACUGGGGGAGCGGAUUGAAAGUGCCAAGAGAAGAGCUCACCAAGUCAGGGUCAAGAUUCAGCAAGAUCUGGAGGGAACGCGAUCCGAAUGUCCCACAAGCUACGUCAUAGCAGGAGAAGGUCGACUAUCAAUGGAGUCAAGCGAAGGAGACAUGGAGGCCUUUGAGAGUCCCCACUCCUCCCCUUCAUCCUCCUUCAGGAUCCCCCAACACCGACGGCAGAACUCCGACACACACACCCUGUCUGAUUCGGGCGGAAAGGCCCAGAUCAUCGGCCCCGAGGAAGAGGAUGAAGAAGAUGACGGCUAUGCAUUUAACGAGAUGGACGGACCGUUCCAGGACAUUGAGUUGUUGAGGUCACGACCGGCACACAUGGCGGUGUUCAUGAGAUACGUCUUCACCCAGCUUCUGGACCCCAACCCUCUGCUGUUUUACCUGUCGGUGGAGGCCUACCUGGGCUCCAGUACUAAAGACGCCCGCGCACUUGCACCUCAGAUCUGUUCCCAUUUCCUGGACCCAGAUGCUCCCCUGAAAAUCAAAGUACGAGAGGAGUAUCUCACAGAUAUAGGUAAGAACUAAUCAUCACCGGAGGACAUCAGAGGACCUCUGUCCGAGCUGCAGCAGCUAGUGCUGCCAGACAUCCAAGACCAGAUACAGGACUACAGGAACAAGCAGAUGAUGGGUCUUGGCUCUCUGUUUGGUGAAGGAGACCUGCAGCAGCUGGAUGGAGACCCGAUGAAAGAGAGACAGGUGGUGGACAGACAGGUCACUGCCCUCUGGGAAAUACUAUCAAAGCACGAAGAGGACAGAAGUUCUCCUCUGGCUUCGGCCGUGCACCUAUACCUGCGUCAUUCUGGUAUCAAGCUGAGAGACUCCAAGGUCUUCCCUGGUCUGAGCACGGAGAAGGAGAAGUGGCUGGCUUUCUUAAAGACGAAAAAACUGAGUGGUACCAAGAAAGAGAAAGAUGGAGAGGAUAAAAAGAGAAAUCCCAUCCUGAAGUACAUUGGCAAACCCAGGACCACAUCCCAGUCCACAUUCCAUGUCCCGUUGUCUCCCACCGAAGUCCGUCCUGGCAGUGUGAGGAACAUCAUUCAGCAGUUUGAGAACCACACAGAGACGGGAGAGGAGGGAGACGAUGCUGCUGACCCCCAGAGGCUCUCCACCAGCAGCCUGGGAGAAGACGGCAUGGACAGCCCUACGAUCUCAGUGCGUCUGGCACGCAGCGAGUCGUUGAAGGCUCAGGGAGAAGGGCGGCGGCGGGGCGUUGUCUCAGGGACGGAGUCUGUCCCUCGCUCUCGUAGCGAUGUGGACAUGGAGGACUGCGGGGAGGAGAGGGAGGGACCAGGCCUCAGGCUGCUGCAGCACAGCGCCUCGUCCUCUGCGUCCAGCAGCUCUGCACGGUCUCUAGAGAACCCUACACCCCCAUACACCCCUCGGUCUAGACGCAGGAGUGUGGAUUCACCGUUGGCCCUGCUGCCAGACACUGCAGCACUGGAGGAGGAGGUGUUUGACAGUCAGAUCUGGCAGGACACAGUUCCUCCUCAGCUCCUCGCCACACUCAGUCCAAGGGAGGUGGAAAGACAGGCCGUCAUAUACGAGCUGUUCACCACCGAGGCGUCCCACCUGCGGACCUUGAGGGUCCUGGACCAGGUCUUUUUCCAGAAGAUGAGGUCUGUGCUGAACUCUGAUGAGCUGGCCUGCAUCUUCCCCAACCUGCCCCAGGUCUAUGAACUCCACGCAAGUCUGUGCGAGGCGAUGAAGAAGCGAAGAGAAACUCCCAUCGUUCAGGACAUCGGGGACGUUAUGCUGGCCAGGUUUGAAGAUGCAGCUGGAGAUGAGUUUCAGGAACAAGCAUCGCAGCUGUGCAGCCAGCAGUCUCAGGCUCUGGAGCUCAUCAAGAACAAACAACGUAAAGACCCUCGCUUCGCUCACAUCAUCCAGGAGUGUGAAGCGAGUCCUCACUGUCGGAGGCUGCAGCUCAAAGACCUGCUGGUGUCAGAGAUGCAGAGACUCACCAAGUACCCCCUGCUGCUGGACAACAUCAUUAAACACACAGAGGCUGUUUCGUCGGACCUCCCCUCACUUCAACGCGCCCAGGCUUGUUGCCGAGGGAUACUCCAGGCUGUUAAUGAGGUUGUCGGGGAAAUAGAACACCGGCAACGCCUCAGUCAAUACCAACGCAGGCUGGACGCUGCCCCUCUAUUCAAGAGUCUGGACCUCACCACUAAGAGAAUGAUUCAUGAAGGUCCUCUCACGUGGAAAGUCAGCAAAGAUAAGCAGAUAGAGAUUCAAGCGCUGCUGCUGUCAGACUGCCUGGUCCUCCUACAGAGGGGCCCAGACGACCGGCUGCAGCUGAGAUAUCCAUCCCGCUGGCUGGGUGGAGGCAGCGGAGACAGCAAGACCUCCUUCAGCCCUCUGGUGAAGCUGGACUCUCUGCUGGUCCGCUUAGUAGCUACAGACAACAAAGCCCUCUAUGUCAUCAGCACCACAGAGAGGCAGAUCUAUGAGCUGGUGGCUGGGACAUCAUCAGAGAAAAACACCUGGAAAGAUUUACUUGAAAAGACCAUCUCGUCAACUGGUGGUUCAUCGCCCCUGAUCAAUCACGGAUCCAUGCCUAUAUCCUCCCCCAGUCUACGCAGUGCGUCCCCAGCGUCAACUGGCAGCAAUGUCUUUGCAGACAACUCCAUGACGGAGCAGUCGGAUUCAAUGGAGACUCAUUCCUCCGAGGACAUUGAGCUCUCAGAAAACACACCUAGGGACCAAUCAGGAGCUUUCAUCUGUGGUGAGAGAAAAGACGGUGGUGUGGCAGAGGCCGCUUUACAAGAUGUUGAAACACUAAGGCAGCUGAUAUUACGAGAUUUGGAAGAGGACGGUUGGAGCCACGAUUCAGAUGACACGCCCACCAACGAGACGGCCAACGGAAGGAGCUCAUUCACCGAAAGACAGCGGCCAGAGUCUCUCGAGACUGUCCUCAACUUCAGCAUCAACGAAUGGGAGGCCGAGCCUGAGGAGGUUCUGCCUCAAGACGCAGAGCAACCCAGCAGCGUUCAGGUCGUACGGAAAGCUGUGGUUGCGGGUCCUUCUUCUUCUUCUUCUGUCCGUGAUGACAUCACUGAUGGUGUCACCCUCCCCUCCGACCAAUCAUCCAAGCCGAGAGGCGAGGCCACUAUGCAGGGGAACACUUUCUACUUGGUAAUGCCGACGGAGCAGGGAGAGAGCUUCACUGAAGACCUCAACGACCCUCCUACCCCCACAGGCAGCCACUUCCCUCAGCCUCUGGAGGAAGUGAUACCACCACAGACUCAUCCAGAGGAGGAAACGCUCACCUGCGGUGCAGAGCCCAACCAAUCAGAGGCUAUGCAACUGGAACAGGAAGAGGAAACGGGCCAAUCGCAGGCUGGGCAGAGCCACGUGAUCAAAAAUGUGGAUGAGAUUUUCCACACGAUUGAGGGGUUGACGAGCAAGUUGCGCCAGCUGAAGGAAAUCGAGAAGUCCCAUCACAAGCUUUUGAAAACCCUCAGAGAGCCCUUCGUCAAUCAGGACUCCGAGGACCAACAGUGUCACUCAGCAACCGUCUCCAGAACACCAUCUCUGGAUCGUAGCUCAGGAGACGGCAAAGAGGGCAGUCCAGCAGAGCCCAAGAUUCUGUCGACUGGAUUCUGACGUCGCUGCAGAGUGGAUUUACUUGCGGUCAAUCGAUCUUAAUUGUUGGCAUACGGACAGACCCAUGCAUACCCACUGUCGGACUCCGGCGCCACAGCCCUGCCUCACCUCGCCCCCUCGUCCCUGCAUGCACUGGCCAGUGGAACAGAGCCCAGGAAGGACUGUAGCUGUUUGCUUUCUUUAAGCUGGCCGGAUUGACCAGGAUUUCUGAGGUCCGCACAACCUCUGACUUCUUCCAGAGCACGGGGGAGUCCAGGACCGAGUGAGGAAAGAGUAUGAAGGAAAAAAAAAAAAGUUGACUGGUUAAAGAGAGAAAGGAAAAAAAAAAAAUAAGGUUGGAAGAAUUGAAAGUGGGGGAAAAUGACCAAGUUGGAUAUAUGUGAAGAAAAAGGAGUUGUAUGUCUUGCUUUAAAGAGCUGGUUGAAGGAACGGAGCAGAAAAGUGUUGACAUGUUUAUUUAAGGAAAAAUCCGAGGGACCCACCGCCCCUGCACUUUACCCACAAUGCAUCCCUCUGUCAUGUACGUCCUCUACAGUGGACGGAUCAGGAAGCGGAGAUGCCACUGGCUUUACAUUUAGGGGCCGACGUUACAGUGCCCGGCUCCCCGCCACUAGUUGCUUUACACUGAGUUCACCUGCCACCACGGCCGAAGGACUGUGUCUAUAUAAUUCAGGUUAUUUGCACUGGGUAAGGAAACCAAUAUCACACACACACAUUAAACCGUUUCAUUCAUCUCAGACCUUCGUAAUCUCCCCACUGUGGGGGAAACACUAGAGUUGUUGUCAUCAGGAACAGUUGUAGCCACACUUACCUAUCCGUAAGCCCUCCUUUUAAGUAAAGCUUGGAACCAUCAGUGCAACUUAUUGAUGGUUUAAUGGUUUGUGUUGAUUGUUCACUUCAAAGUUCUGGAAACACUUCUGCGCUGUCUACUACUGAAAUGCUGGCAGGUUUUAUUUUCAGCGCUGCUUCAGAUGGCGUACAGGGAUCUCAGCGAUUUAAAUAAACAAGCUCAGUGGAUUCGCACAGCUGUUCUGAUCAUGUAAAGUUGUUUUAAGUUUGGGAGAGUUCUGGUGUUUUGGGGCAAGGUUCAAGAAAGGCAAUGUUGAUGACGAGUGUGAGGAAAGAGGACAAACGACAGAUUCAAACUUAGAAACUUGAAUUUUCACUGGCGUCCUGUGUCGCUCAACCAAAUUGCUGCCAAAUAUCGCCGCUGACAUUGCCUGUCUACACUUUUAAGAUUUGACUGUGUGUCCUCCACCCCUCUCUCCGGUGUACUGUGUGUGUAAAUCCCACGGUAAAUACUGUGAACCAGCAACUCCUCCCUUCCCCCAUGCAGCGCUCGUACCAUACAUAGUGUUUAUAUCCGUCUAACCUACAUCUUGUCCCCCUACCCUUCACAGAACAACUUAUAUUUAUUAUAUACGUGGUCCAAUCAAAAAUCAACAAGUAACCGCUAUAUGCAACUGUGCUGUGAUCACAGCAGUUCGAUGAAGUAAAAAAAAAAAAAAUGUAAAGGGAUAGUUUGACAUUUUGGAAAAUACAUUUACGGGCAAAGAUCGAUACCACUUUCAUAUAUGUACGGUAAAUCUGAAGCUAACGACAGACGCAGCUUAGCUUAGCAUAAACACUGGAAUCAGGGGAAAUCGCUAGCCUGGCUCGCUCUUAAGGUAACAAAAUCCACCAACUAGCACCUAAAGAGCACAGUAAUUAAUAUCUCAUUGGUUCCUGCAGUCUCUGCGGGUUACUGCGCCUGAACGUAUCGUUUUCACCAUGUUGGUGUUUUACACCAAGCUAAGCUAACCAGCUGCUGGCUCCAGCUCCGUACUUGAAGCACAGACGCACGAAUGGUAUCGAUCUCAUCCAACCCGGGGCAAGGAAGCUAAUAAUGUCGAACUAUUCCUUGAACUAUUUUUGGAUCAUAUGUAGGAGGAAUUUAACGUCCUUGACAUUCAGAAAGGUUUUUGUACUCCUUGGUUGAGGCACGUGUAACCAGCAAAGACUGACACUAGAGCAAAGUGCUUUUUUCUCAAACGCCAUCUAUCUUGAACUAAUUCCAAUAAACCCUACACCGAAAAGAUGUAUUUAAAAUGUCACAAGGAAGGAACUUCUUUUAGAGAAGUUAUUUUGUCUACCAGUUUAAAUGUUGUUGUUUUUUUUGUCUCUUUCUUUCUCUUAUCAAGCUGGGCAGAAUCACACUGGACUGGAUUUUAUUUGAGCUGGUUUCAAAUACUGAGGAGCACUUUAGUGAGUUACCCAGCAAAACUGACAAUACACUACCAAACUGCACAAACCAGGAGCCAAGUAUAUUUACAAACUACCAGCCAAAUUCUGCUAUGAAAAUGAUAUUUCACUGCCUAGUGGAAGGUUUUCACUCUUUAGCCAGCACACACCGAAGGCGUCGUUUGAUGAGAAGUGUAACUUGGCUGUCGCAUAUGAUCAACAAAAAAAAAGAAAAAAGAGUGGACUUAGAAUGAGAGCUUCUGAUUGCAUAGGCUGGCUGAUUUUAGCAGCUGAGCCAUUAUGAAUAUGAGUAAUUUGUGCUAAAAUGUAAAAAUGUUCUUCCGAAGUGAAAUAUCUCUUUAGAGGUGUUGAAGGGAACAUGGUUUGGCUUUUUUUUUCUUGACAUUUUGGCUGCUGAUUUUCAAGCAUCUUGGACCAUAUGUUUUGUCCAUGACCAGAAAAGAAAAAAAUAUUCCUUCAUUUUAACACAUUGCCGUGCCAAGCUAUGGACACUCAAUCAUCACAUGCAUAACGUGUGUGUUGUCUGUAAUUUGGCACAAAAAAAUGCCAGAUGGUCUGAGUUGGUUGAAUCCAAGUCAGGAUCUCUUCUUCUCCUCGACAAAUAUCUUUCCUCUUUUUCCCCUCCCACCUCUAACUACAGCAUUAGUUCAUCUCCAAUUUCUACCUCUACACUUCAGUUUCUUUGUAUCUUCCAUGAUUUCUUCUUUUCAUACAUUUAUCUUGUACAUUGGCAUCAGCGUUGUGGCCCUAACCAGCUGUAAAAAGAAAAAGAAAAAAAGAAAGCUAUAACUGAUUCCUUUUUUGUUAAAAGAAAUGUUGCACAGACAAACUUCCCUGCACGGUGCAAACUACUGUAUGCAUACACACGUCUUACUAUCAUCUCAUUGUCUUUUUAUUUUGUGUCUUUUUAAAAACUCUUGUUCACUCAUGUAAUAUAGAGAGAUCAGACCCACUUGUUUUAUAUAUGUUCAUUUUUUUUUCUGUAAAGCCUUAGUCCUCGUAUUUGAUUUUAUUUUUGUAGAUAUAAUUUUUUAAAAAGGAUGUAUAAAUUAUUUUCUUCUCCCUUGUUUUUAAAAUUGGUGAGAUUGUUUAGCUGCACAGAAGGAACAGAGAGCUCAUGUCUCAGAUUCAUGUGUUUUGUGAGAUUAAAAAGAAACUGGAUUAAAGAAAAGAGAAAAUGUGGA